AUGGGAUCGGAUUGUGUCGCUUGGAUGCUAAAGUGUUCUCCUCUUUACGUAAACCUUCAAAUUCCGAGUCCCAAUGCGGCUUCUUAUGGGGCGGUGGAGGAGGCUCAAGAACGAAAUCAGGUUUGUGAGGUAACAGCCUUAAGGGAUUCCUUAGGCAAUGAGUUUUAA